AGAAAGAAGCCUGCAGCAUCCACCUAUGAAGACCGUGCAGACAGUCCUGAAUAGUAAUUGUGGAUGGUGUGGCUGCCAGGCUGCUUCUGCGGAGUGUCUGAAAUGAACUUCUCCUAUUGAUUGUUUUGAUUGGUCCAGAGCCAGGAGUACUGGAUUCACCUGACUUCAGGAUAAAAAGAAAACAGUCUUGGUUAUCAUCAUAAACAUAUGAACCAGUGUGAUGGUGAAAUGAGAUGAGGCUCCGAAAUGGAACUGUAGCCACUGUUUUAGCAUUUAUCACUUCGUUCCUUACUUUAUCUUGGUAUACUACGUGGCAAAAUGGGAAAGAAAAACUGAUUGCUUAUCAACGAGAAUUUCUUGCUUUAAAAGAACGGCUCCGAAUAGCUGAACACAGAAUCUCUCAGCGGUCUUCCGAACUCAGUGCCAUUGUACAGCAGUUCAAGCGUGUAGGAGCAGAAACAAACAGAAGUAAGGAUACGGUGAAUAAAUUUUCAGAUGGUACCCUAAAGCUCUUGAGGGAGUUAACAAGCAAAAAAUCUCUUCAAGUGCCAAGUAUUUAUUAUCAUUUGCCUCAUUUAUUACAAAAUGAACGGAGCCUUCAACCUGUUGUGCAGAUUGGUAAUGGAAGAACAGGAGUUUCAAUAGUAAUGGGAGUUCCCACAGUGAAGAGAGAAGUUAAAUCUUACCUCAUAGAAACUCUUCAUUCCCUUAUUGAUAAUCUGUAUCCUGAAGAGAAGUUGGACUGUGUUAUAGUUGUCUUCAUAGGAGAGACAGAUAUUGAUUAUGUAAAUGUUGUUGUAGCCAACCUGGAGAAAGAAUUUUCUAAAGAAAUCAGUUCUGGCUUGGUGGAAAUAAUAUCACCUCCUGAAAGCUAUUAUCCUGACUUGACAAACUUAAAGGAGACAUUUGGAGAUUCUAAAGAAAGAAUAAGAUGGAGAACAAAGCAAAACCUCGAUUAUUGUUUUCUAAUGAUGUAUGCUCAGGAAAAGGGCACAUAUUACAUCCAGCUUGAAGAUGAUAUUAUUGUCAAACAGAAUUACUUUAACACCAUAAAAAAUUUUGCACUUCAACUUUCUUCUGAGGAAUGGAUGAUACUUGAGUUCUCCCAGCUGGGCUUCAUUGGUAAAAUGUUUCAAGCGCCAGACCUCACUCUAAUUGUGGAAUUCAUAUUUAUGUUCUAUAAGGAGAAACCCAUUGAUUGGCUCUUGGACCAUAUUCUGUGGGUGAAAGUCUGCAACCCUGAAAAAGAUGCAAAACAUUGUGAUCGACAGAAAGCAAAUCUGCGGAUUCGCUUCAGACCUUCCCUUUUCCAACAUGUUGGUCUGCAUUCUUCACUAACAGGAAAAAUUCAGAAACUCACGGAUAAAGAUUACAUGAAACCAUUACUUCUUAAGAUCCAUGUAAACCCCCCUGCAGAGGUAUCUACUUCUCUGAAGGUCUACCAAGGACAUACCCUGGAGAAAACUUAUAUGGGGGAGGAUUUCUUCUGGGCUAUAACUCCAGUAGCUGGAGACUACAUCCUGUUUAAAUUUGACAAGCCAGUCAAUGUGGAAAGUUAUUUGUUCCAUAGUGGCAACCAGGAACAUCCAGGGGAUAUUCUGCUCAACACAACUGUAGAAGUUUUGCCUUUGAAGAGUGAAGGUUUGGAAAUCAGCAAAGAAACCAAAGACAAACGAUUAGGAGAUGGUUAUUUCAGAAUAGGGACAUUUGAGAAUGGUGUUGCAGAAGGAAUGGUGGAUCCCAACCUAAACCCCAUCUCAGCAUUCCGACUUUCAGUUAUUCAGAAUUCUGCUGUUUGGGCCAUUCUUAAUGAGAUUCAUAUUAAAAAAGUCACAAACUGACUAUCUCCUGAGAAACCAACACAUUUUUUCCCUGUGAAUUUGUUGAUUAAAGAUGGCUGAGCAUGUACCGUAUUUUGGUAACUUGAAUUCUACCUCUUGUGAAAUCUACUGUAGAUAAGAUGAUUGUCAUUUCCACUUGGAAAAUGAAUCUUCCAUGGAUAAUUGUAUUCAUUCGAACCUAAGCUGUCCUCCAGUUUUAACUUGACUCAGACAUUUUACAGUUAUGACAGCCUGUUAAUAUGACUUGUACUAUUUUGGUAUUAUACUAAUACAUGAGUUGUACAUAUUGUUACAUUCCUUAAAAUUUGAGAAAAAUUAAUGUUAAAUACGUUUUAUGAAGGGGGUACUUUUGAAGUUCAUUUAUUUUAAUAUU